AUGUCGUAUCGCGACAAUAAAGAAUACGAAUCGGACUCCGGAGAUGAGCCGGUAGGCUAUCAAGGAGACAAAGGCUACAUGACGCCGUUGUCAUGGAAUGAUGCAACCAAUGAAGAGUUAGAUUGGUUUGAAGACGUCAGGAAUACGCGAGCCAUUGCGUUACGAAGACGACAAAGGGUGGGGGAACUUACAACCCCAGAAGAACAGCAGGAGCUUCAAGAGCUCGAACAUGAUGUUGAAGAAAUUCGACGAGUAAUCAACAAUAGGAAGGACAUUGCAAAGGACUUCGAGGACGAAUUCCUAGCACAUACAGACCUUCCUAAAGGAGAAGCAAUACAAGUCGAUCUAAGGCCAGAGGACGCCGAAGGAUCAAACAAGGAUAAAGGACGAGGGGAAUGA